UCGGCAGGGAAGUGGAUUGCAGGGUUACGGUCCAGGCAUUCUCUCCGCUUCCGGUACAUACCGUUGCCGUUCGGUGCUGGGAGUCCGUGUAACGGCGGGUGGACCGAUGUUAUCGCCGGAAGUUAUGUUCGGCCCUUCUCAGCUGCCUUUCCACUGACAGACGUCAUGUAUUUUCUGAGCGGCUGGCCCAAGAGGCUGCUGUGUCCUCUGAAGAGUCUGGAGGAUCCUUUCCACAUCCAGCCGGACCCGCAGCGCCUGUUUCUGGCAGUGUUGUCCCAGACCCAGCUCAGUAUAUGGUAUAGCAGGCCCAGUGUGCUAGUAGCCAGUUACAAGGAGUCGGCGAAGACAGCAGCCCAGUUUGGAGCAUACAAGCUGUCAGAAUGGAGGCCAGACAGCAGUGUUAUUGUGAUUGCGACUGCCAAUGGUUAUGUCCUGUUCUUUGACAUUGUUACUGCAGGGGAGGACAAGUAUUUGUAUGAGCCCAUCUAUCCAAAAGGAAGCCCUCAUGUGAAGACAAUACCACACUAUAAAGAAGAACAAUGUGCGCCAGCAUUAAAUUUGGAGACCAAAAAGGUUCUGGAUUUGCAGGCUCCAAUAACAAGUAUACAGUCCAUGAUGGAAGACCUGUUGGUGGCUACAGAGGAUUGUCUGCUUCACCUUAUACACUGGGAAGGCAUGACAAAUGGCAGGAAGGCCAUAAACCUGGCUACAAUUCCAUUUUCAGUUGACUUUCAGCCGUCCAGAGGUUCAUUCUUGGAUUUUGGAGAUGUACACAUUCGGGAGAUGGAAUAUUGUGUCACUCUUGAUGGGUUUGCUGUUGUCUUCAAUGAUGGUCGUGUCGGCUUUAUUACACCAGUUUCAAGCCGUCUCACUGCUGAUCAAGUCCAUGGCGUUUGGGCACCAGAUGUUGUUGAUGGAACGUGCGUGGCAGUUAACAAUAAAUAUAGAUUGAUGGCAUUUGGAUGUGCUAGUGGCACUGUGCUGGUAUAUACAAUAGAUAACACGACUGGUGCUAUGCAGCUUUCCCAUAAGUUAGAGCUCACUCCAAAGCAGUAUCCAGAUAUCUGGAACAAGACUGGAUCAGUCAAGUUAAUACGGUGGUCCCCUGAUUACAGUGUUGUUAUGGUAACCUGGGAAUGUGGAGGCCUUUCUCUGUGGAGUGUAUUUGGGGCACAUCUGAUUUGUACUCUUGGAGGAGACUUUGCUUACAGGGCAGAUGGAACCAAGAAAGAGGCUUUAAAAAUUAGCUCUAUGAGCUGGGGACCUGAAGGUUAUCAUUUGUGGGCAAUUGCUGCAAACUCUUCGGGACAUGGAACAAAUGACAAAGCUGUGCCGAAACAGUCAGGAAUACUUCAGUUCCAGUUUAUAAAGAGUGCCCUUACUGUGAACCCUUGCAUGAGCAACCAGGAACAAGUAUUGCUUCAAGGAGAAGACCGUUUGUACUUGAACUGUGGGGACGCAACUCAGACCCAACAUGUAAGAAGUUCAUCCUCACACACAGAACUCAAGUCCAUGCGUGAGAGGCCUCCAUAUCCUGCUGGGAAUAUGGAUUCUCAGGGCUUAAGCACUUUACUGGGGCAUAGACACUGGCACGUUGUGCAGAUCCAUAGCACUUACCUUGAGAGUAACUGGCCAAUUAGGUAUUCUGCCAUAGACAAGGCUGGGCAAAAUGUUGCUGUUGUUGGAAAAUUUGGAUUUGCACAUUAUUCUUUGGUCACCAAAAAAUGGAAGCUGUUUGGAAAUAUUACACAGGAGCAGAACAUGACAGUGACAGGAGGUCUUGCUUGGUGGAAUGAUUUCAUAGUUCUAGCAUGUUACAAUAUAAAUGAUCAUCAGGAAGAGCUUCGGGCCUAUCUUCGUACUUCCAACUUGGACAAUGCCUUUGCACACGUGACCAAAGUGCAGCUGGAGACUCUCCUUCUCAGUGUGUUCAGAAAUAUGAUGAUCCUUUUUCGAGCAGACUGCUCUAUCUGUCUCUACAGUAUUGAAAGAAGAUCUGAAGGGCCACAUCCUUCAGUGUGUUUACAAGUCCUGCAGGAGGUGUCCAUGUCUCGGUACAUACCUCACCCGUCUCUUGUAGUGUCAGUCACCUUAACUUCAGUGAGAACAGAGACCGGUAUCUCGUUAAAAAUGUCUCAACAGGCGUGUGAUGCAGAAAGCAUAAUGUUGAACCUAGCUGGGCAGCUAAUAAUGUUGCAGAGAGAUCGCUCAGGUCCUCAGAUUCGGGAAAAAGAUGCUGCAUCCCAACAGAAAAAGCUGCUGCCAUUUUGUGCUCCAGUGGUCCUGGCUCAGUCUGUGGAAAAUGUAUGGAGCACCUGUAGAGUGAACAAGCAAAAGCGCCAUCUUCUGGAGGCUCUCUGGCUCAGCUGUGGUGGAGCAGGCAUGAAAGUUUGGCUUCCCUUGUUUCCCAGAGACAAUCGCAAACCACAUUCCUUCCUGUCCAAACGGAUAAUGCUGCCUUUCCACAUCAACAUCUACCCACUGGCUGUUUUGUUUGAAGAUGCCCUGGUACUGGGGGCCAUCAAUGAGACUGUUGCUUAUGACUGUUUGAACAACCUUAGCUCUCCUGCUGAGCAUUUGGAGGUUCAGUUCCCCUAUUGUAUCGUAGAGAGGACCUCACAGAUCUACCUCCACCAUAUCCUACGACAGCUCUUAGUCAGGAACUUAGGAGAGCAAGCUUUGCUCUUAGCCCAUUCAUGUGCCUCUUUACCUUACUUCCCACACGUGCUAGAGCUCAUGCUCCAUGAAGUAUUGGAAGAAGAAGCUACCUCACGGGAGCCUAUUCCCGACCCGCUGCUUCCCACAGUGGCCAAGUUCAUCACAGAAUUCCCCCUCUUUUUGCAGACUGUUGUUCAUUGCGCACGCAAGACAGAGUAUGCCCUUUGGAACUAUCUUUUUGCUGCUGUGGGUAACCCUAAAGACUUGUUUGAGGAGUGCCUAAUGGCUGAGGACCUUGACACAGCUGCCUCAUAUCUCAUUAUCCUCCAGAAUAUGGAGGCAGCAGCAGUGAGCAGACAGCAUGCUACCCUUCUGUUUAACACUGCGCUGGAGCAAGGGAAGUGGGAUCUCUGCAGGCAUAUGAUACGAUUUCUGAAAGCCAUAGGCUCAGGGGAAUGUGAAACUCCUCCUGCUACUCCGACUUCACAGGAGCCCAGUUCUUCUGGUGGGUUUGAAUUCUUUCGAAAUCGCAGCAUAAGUUUGUCACAGGGUGCUGAGAAUCUUGCUGUGGGAAAAAUUAACCUCCAGAAAGCACUGAGCAUGCCAUCUGGCCCAGCAGGCAAACGGUGGAGUAAAGACAGUGACUGUGCAGAGAACAUGUACAUCGACAUGAUGCUGUGGCGGCACGCCCGAAGACUACUGGAGGAAAUCAGACUCAAGGACCUUGGCUCCUUCUCUGCUCAGCUGGGCUUUGAGUUAAUAGGCUGGCUAUGCAAAGAGCGAACACGGGCUGCCCGGGUGGAAGACUUUGUCACUGCCUUGAAGACGCUACACAAGGAUUUCCUGUGGCCAUUUCCUGUUAUCCCAGCCUCCUCUAUCAGCUCUCCACUUAAGAAUGGCAAGUUCCGGACAGUGAUUGGCGAUCAGUUUCUUAAGUCCCAGUCUGCGGAAAACUUCUUAAACAUGGAUAUGGACAGUGGUGUUCCUAGUGCCCCACGAAGUCACAGUUGGAUGGGUAGCAUUGGGACCAACCAGAGAGAGAUGGACACUGCCUCUUCUCACAGUCCUCACACCCAGGAUGCUUUCCUUUCUCCAUUGAUAAAUAAAGGAGAUGAAUGUAGCAUUGGAUCUGCAACUGACCUAACGGAAACAAGCUCUAUGGUGGAUGGGGAUUGGACCAUGGUUGAUGAGAACUUUUCCACCUUAAGUCUGACCCAGUCAGAGCUUGAACACAUUUCAAUGGAACUGGCCAAUAAGGGACCUCACAAAUCACAAGUUCAGAUACGCUACUUACUUCAUGUAUUCAUGGAAGCGGGAUGCUUGGAGUGGUGUGUGGUCAUUGGUCUUUUAUUGCGGGAAUCAUCCAUCAUUAACCAGGUUUUAAAUCUUAUGCAAUGCCCUGAGGUUGCAGAAGAGAUGCUGCAGGGUAUACUUACCGGGCUUCAUGCGGUGGACACUUGGGCCACAACUGACUGCCCUGGAUAUAAGCCAUUCUUAAAUAUCAUAAAACCUCAGCUGCAGAAACUGAGGGAAGCAACAGUGGAACAAGUGCAGCCUGAAGUGUUUCAGCCCAUAGUCAUCUCAAAGGUCACAGAACAACCCAGCCCCAGGGCGGAGGAGAGCCGCAGCUCAACCAGCCACAGCACCAGCCCUCAAAGUGACCCGGGCAGCUGUAAUGUCAGCAGGCACGAGGAGAAUGUGUCUAGACUGGAGCAAGAGGAGGCCUUCCAGGAAGGGAGCUACGAUUGCAUUAUUUCUUAAUAAGCAGCAAGCUCUGCAGACUGAAAUCACAGCAGUAUUACCGACACAGUCAGUCACAAGCGGCUGGUUACACAACUGACACUUCUAAUGGGUGUGAGGCAACUUAUUUUCAGUGGUUUCCAAGAAACCAUCACUAAGAUAUUUGAAGCCUUAUAUUUGUUUUGUUUUUUCUUUCUACACCUUUCCUCGCCCCCCAAUCCUUUUUUUAUUCUUCCUAAUGAGAACUCUUCAAUGUGUUUGAGGAAUUCAUUGCUCCCGGAUCGUGGAACCGAGCUGCUAAAGAGGAUAAAUAUGCUUCUGAUAUGUUUGAAGUGCAGCAUAAAAGGUCUCUACUACAAAUCCGGAUAACAAGUCCCCACCCGGUGUGAAAGUGAAAUGAUAAUCCUUCCUCUGGGCAUGAAUAUUGUGGUGUUCAGCCUUUCAAUGAUUAUGAUUUCACAGCGGUAAUUUGUAUAGAAGCCGUUUCUGCUCUCCAGGCAAGAGAAAAGCAAUUCAGCCGCCCACUUAUUUCAGGUUCUCCAAGCUAACAAUCUUAAGAGCCUUGACGGCAGCUUUGGCUGCCACGUCAGCAUUUGCAUCUC